GCGCCAUUGAUAAAUUAGAGUGCGUCCUGAAAAAUUAAAAAUAAAGGUGAUUUAUAAUAAAAAUUUUAACCGCACAGCUAAGUUCGAAAACUUUUUCAGUCUGUGUUAAACAAGACAAGGCGCUUUUAAAAAAGAUUGUCAAUAUUAUAUUAAUAUUGUUUGGCGAUUUUCAUUCGGCUAUUUGUGUUUAAAUAUAUUUUUUGCUGCCGUUGCCACUCAGCUGAGAUGGACGAUACGGUGCAAAUUAUCGCGAAUUGAUACGGCCAACAGGUGGCGCUGCUACCACAGUGAAAUAGUGUGGGUGUUUUUAUUAUAUUGAGAUUUCGUGGAUCCCGGAUAUGUCCGCUUUCACGGAGACUGCUUUGCUGAAAAGGCUUGGGGAGUUAAACAGCAGCCAACAGAGCAUCCAGACAUUGUCUCUGUGGCUGAUUCACCAUAGAAAACAUAGUGCAUCCAUUGUCCAGACCUGGCAACGCGAGCUCCAGAAUGUUCCAGAACCCAAGAAGCUGACAUUCAUGUACCUAGCCAACGAUGUGAUCCAGAACAGUAAAAAGAAGGGCCCAGAAUAUGGCAAGGAGUACAGUCAUGUGCUGCCCAAGGCAUUUGCCCAUAUUGGUGAGGCAUGCAACUCGGACAAACUGCUUGGCAGUCUAGGACGUAUCCUCAACAUAUGGUUAGAGCGUGGAGUCUAUGAUUCCAAGACCAUUGCCGACUACAGAGCGCGCCUGCAUCGUGAAGGCAGCAGCAGUAGUAAUGGUGCUGGUAAAUCUCAUAACCAAAGUGAGGUCGCCGCCGCCGUAGUAGAGAAUAACAACAGUAGCAAAGGGGACAAGUCCGAGAAACGGGAGAAGCGUAAGCAUGAGGAGCGCCAUUCAAAAUCAAAGCGGCCACGGCAACAUCAUCAUCAUCAUCAUCAACAUCAUACUCAUCACAACAAUAGCGCUCCCGCUGUUGUCGAGGAGCAGCCAAAGACGGAGAUGGAAAAUGGCCAUACUCCACCAUACGUGCCAUUGGGCGAACCUCCCGAACCAGAGGAACUGAUCAAAGCUCUAGUGAACAUCGAGAACUCCUCCUCCAGCGAUGCUGUGGUUAGGGAGCGUAUUGCCAAAUUGCCUCAGGAGAUAUCCGAAAUCAGUUGUAUUAGCAAACUGGAGGAUAAGGAUAAAGCCAAGGCCUUGGCCAAGCAGGUGAAUGAGGCAGUUGAAUUGCUCAAUAACUACAAUGCCCGUCUAGCUGCUGAAAUGGAGGAGCGUACCAAACUGGCCGCCAUGUUACGUGACUUUCAGGCUGAACAAAAGGAGCUGCUUACCCAGGCCGAGCAGAGAUUAGAUGAACAUAAAAAAAAAUUGGCCAAGAUGCUGGGUCUACAGAAGGAGAUACACGAUCAUUUAUCCAAUUUACCCGAUCUUACUCAAUUGCCAGAUGUAACUGGAGGCCUGGCCCCUUUGCCCUCAGCAGGUGAUCUCUUCAAUGCCCUUCACUGAUUAGAUGGUUCUCCCCCUCCCCCAGCAAGAUCGAACAGAAAGCAGAGAGUUUAUCAGGAACAAUUUAAGUCAAAUCCUAAAAUAAACAAGACAACAUCUAACUACAACAACAGGAUCAAGAAAAUAAUUAUACAACAAAGAAAGCAAAGAAAAAAACACUAAAAAAAAAGAAAGAAAGAAUUGCAACAGCUAAUUAUAUAUAUAUAUAUAUUAUGUAUUGUCCUAUACGUGACCCACUUAGCACCCUAGACGAAACAAGAAGAAAACCCAAAACAACAAUUAUUGUAAUCCACAUUUAUUAUUGACGGUUCAAUUAUAGCAUAUACACAACAAAGAUAAAAAA